UCCAUCUCAUUGUGAAGCAGGCUUCAAUAGCUAUCAUGUUUCAGAAAAGUGUGCGUGCGCCUGCGCGGAUUUAUGCUUUGUGAUAGGAGAAACAAGGGACCAAUAAUAAGUGAGCAUGUGAAUCUGACCAAUCUCUGAACAAGGAAUAAGACAACACCACGGGAGCCAAUCGUUGCCAUACACCGCGAAACAGCAUGGCAGAGAGGUGUGUCUUCUGUCAGAAGUGGGCAUUGUCACUUUAGCUCGUGGGGAUUGCGGCCAAUAGCUAACAAGUUUAUCAGAAAGCAACCAAUCACGGGUGUUUAGUCCAUUGUGGCUCGAAACAGUGUGCCUCAGCCAAUGUGAAUUAGAACCAAAAUGGCUGAACCAGGCCCUCAGUGGCAGUCAGUGCCGACCCCUCUCGACGAUUGAAGGCUUAAACGCCCAAUAGGAGCUUGGCUUGUAAUCUCCAGUACCCAAUCAUAUCGCAGCACACAGAAGCUUUGUGGCGAACAGUAGUUAGCUGUCGUUCAGAUCAACAAGCCACUAUUUUGGAAGCAGUUUUAAUAAAUACUCACUGUUCUUCUGUUGAAGUCAGUCGCUAUCUGCGUUUCCAGCGAGACGUGUCACGCGUGAUCAGCGAUAAACCAGCACAAAACUAGCCAGCCACCUAGCCCUGAACCGAUAAGGUUGGAUGACAUCGGCGGUUGAACUUUAAGACAGCUAGGCUCGUUUUUCUAUAAAUUUCACAUCAGGCAAGUCUGUGACAACUGAACAAGGCAACGUUCUUGUUUUUGAUUGGCUGAAUUUUUACAAUAUACAACCGAGCUAGCAAGAACUUUUCGUCGUUAAUUUGGCAACUUGUCACUAGCGCUAACUUCGUUUUUUAUUUUUUUGCCAAACAGAAUAUUCGGCUUAUUUUUAUAUGUCAAGCAACCCUUCGUUUUGUUUUUGACAACAAGCCGCUUUUUUUUUUUUUCGAAGAGCUACCUAGAAAACCAACAGUAGACUAUUCAGCAAACAGUUUGCUUAAUAGAGAGGGCAAAGCAACCUUAGCUGUUGAAGAAUUGUUAGCGUCAGCCUUGACUAGCCAGCUAACACUAACGUUAAACCCUUAACGUUACCUGAACCAUUUUAACAGUCAUUAAGGAAGAUACUAGUUUGGCUUUUAAAACUGACUGGCGCUGUAUUCACGACCUUUAACUUUUAAAUAGCCCGUUUGAUACACUGCAGGAGGAACUCUUUGACUUUACCUCUCGCCUUUUAAAAUAAUAAGUGACAGAACAGCAACCGGAUUGUUAGAAGCAGAGCCAGUGGUAGGACCUGAAGCAGGUUGUGUACAGCCACGCAAUCCCAAUCGGAUUGUUAUAUUAUCAGUGUUAUUGUUGAAAAUGGCGGCGAUCGGACUGGUGCAGAUGUUGAUCGAAGCAGCCGAGUACCUUGAUCGCAGGGAACGAGAAGCUGAACACGGCUAUGCCUCCAUGCCACCCUUCAUCAGCAGCCGAGAGAGGGAAAGCUUGAAAAGAAAAAGCAAAAGCAAGAAAAACACAAGUAGCAGGUCUACGCACAAUGAAAUGGAAAAGAACAGACGGGCACAUCUACGGCUGUGUUUAGAGCGCUUGAAAUCCCUCGUUCCCUUAGGACCAGAUGCUAACAGGCACACCACGCUCAGCCUGCUGAUGAAGGCCAAAGCUCAUAUCAAGAGGUUGGAAGAGAGCGAUAGGAGAGCUCAGCACACCGUGGAGCAGCUACAGCGGGAGCAGAGACACCUGAGGAGGCGUCUGGAGCAGCUGGGGGUGGAGAGGACCCGCAUGGACAGUACCGGCUCCACUCCGUCCUCUGACAAGUCCGACUCUGACCAAGAGGACCUGGACGUGGAUGUGGAGGGGACGGACUACCUGCUGGGUGACCUGGAAUGGAGCACCAGCAGUGUGAGCGACUCAGGGGAUGAGCGGGGCAGCCUGCGCAGCAGCUGUAGCGACGAGGGCUACUCCAGUGCCAGCCUGCAGCGCCUGCAGGACACUCAGGAGACGGCCAAGCAGCUGGGCUGCAGCCUAUAGACAGCACUGGUCACUGACCCAACUCCGCCUCCUGCCCCCACCCAAUCCCAUCACAAGAUUGUCUCACCACUCCCAGGUCCCGCUCAGACCUCACCCCCUUUCCUCCCUCCUUCCCGACCAGGACUGGCCUGAUCGGGAAGGAGGAGGACUGGUCUGAGGCCUCUCCUCCAGACAGGCCUCUGCGGACUUCCUGUCCACACGGUGACUUCCAUUCAGACUGCAACACCUCUGAGACAGCCGCCCACAUCCAGCACAUCAUCAGCGGUCAGUUUUUAGGGUGUCACCUGCUCUGCACCAGUCAAACGAGGAUUUUAAAGACACUCCACCCCUCCGUCCGUCAGAAACGCAACUUUCAGCCAGAGAAUGUUACCACACAAUAUCCCACUGCCUCUUUUUCUAUGCCUCAAGAGCCAUGGGAAGCACUUAUGAGAUUUCACCUUUACUUCACACAUAUUUAGACACACAUACACACCCCUCCAUCGCUCCUAGUUGUCCAGUGAGACAGAGUCCUCUCAAAGGUGUGACACUGACUGAUGUGGGGCUUUUUUCUGCCCUGCUCACCAGUCAACCAUCUGUGCAUGGUGUUUUGCACUUGAAAUUGCUUUUGUAGACAAAGAUGCUGUCUCUUAAAAACUUAAAGGCACCCACUCCAGCUGAUGCAGUAAUGUUGUCAGAUGAAGUGAGUGCUUGAAAACAAUGCCAAUUGUCUGCCUGUACUGUACAGCGCAGCAGAGUUUGUGGACACUAAACUAGAUGGUGUGUGGUGUUUAACCGUUGGGGUCCGACAGCAAUACGUCCCUUAGUACUCAAGCUUUGGCAGGCAAUCUCAUAACUACCCUGUAAUUUUCUGUCCACACCUGCCAUUCAGAGGAAAAAGUAACACAAAAACAAAACAAAUCGCGCAGCAUGAGAUUGUGAAGGGGCCGGGGGAUAUGGGAUGGUUUUGGGGAUGGGUUUGAUGUUUUCUCCCUCUCUCUGAUGACUGUGGCGUUUUUACAGCAUCCUUUUAUGAUAAUGUGUGUAUGUCACGUCUGAGCCUGGCGACGACAUGGGUCACUAGCAGGUUUGGAAACUUUAAACACCAGCCACCAGGCCAAAUGCUGGUAUAUUUUGGCAGGUGCUGGUACAUUUUUGUACACUACUUCUUCACUGCCUCGUUCACCAGGUAUUAAUAGGAAGGAAAGAGCCUAUCUACUGAGAGCAGUCGAGAGACUGGAGCACAUUCCAAUAUGUAGAGAGGACAGGCAGGUGAGAUUGAGAGCAUUAUUUUUUGUGAGUGGAUGUUCCUGCCAAUUAUUUAUGAAGUGAGAGUUCAGUUUGAGAUGAGCCGAGUCACCCUGAAACAGAAGGACUGGCUUUAACUUUUCAGUGGGAACCCACUGAGAAAGGCCUGAGUCUUUCUCUGUGUUCACAUAUGAAAAGCACCAAAAUCUUAAAACCACAGAUUUUCUCUCCUUUGCCUUGCCUUCAUAGCUAUUUAUUGUUUCUGCAAAAAUGUACACCUUUUAAUGUAAAUAGCUUACAGAAAGAUCUUUAUAUCUAUCAGCAAAUGUAUUUAUUAGAUAUACUAAAUAUAUAGAUAAAUAUAUAAAUAUAUUUAAUUAGUCAUAGCCUAUGUUCUUCUUGUGAGGUUUAUUGAGAGUUUCCUAUGUGUAGUUUGUUUGCACAGCCUAGUCAAUCCAUAGAAUAUUUAGAAAUGUUUCUUGUGCCUCGAGGCUUUUGUGUCUGUUCUGAAUUUGACACGGUGCUCCUAGAGAAUAAAAUGUUUUCUUUGUGGUUGAUCAUAAUUUCUAGCUGUUUUAGAAGCCACGUUGCCCUUUAACGGGGGAAUAAAAGGACAAAAAAAUCUAAAUAAUUGAUAAAAAUGUGAUUUUAAAAAGUAUAAAAGUGAGAGGAGCUUGUGGCUGGGUUUAGUGGUGGUGAUGAUUCCUCUGGCAAAGCUGUGUUGCCUGUUCGCCCAUCUCCGUGCCUAGGAACCUCAAACAAAAUGGCUGCUCACGCCUGGUGAGAUUUUAGCCCUUUGCUUUUGGUUCAGAAUCAUCACGGACAGGGAGAGAGGAUUGCAGCUUUUUGAAUGUCGAUGUCUUCAACCCUGCAGAGUAGCAGCACAGUGCCAAAGGAAACCUCCCUGCUCCUGCAUCCACCACAUGCAAAUCUCAGUUAAAGCAUGAAGAUGAAUCAGAAAAAUAGAUAUAGGAUUGUUUAGUCUUUGAGUGUGGAAUGCUGCUUUUUAUUUGUCAAAUUGAAACCUUUUCAAACGGAGAGGAACUGUGUAGCCGCAUUAUAAGGGGGACUAAUGUAUGUAGGGGGAAAGGUAUUGAAAAUUAGGUGCGAGUGGGCAGGUGUAUUCACUGAAAUGUCUGUUGGUGCGUGCAUGUGUAUACAGUGCGUGUGUGUGUGUGUAUUCUGUCACUGUCUUCAGAGAGAAUUUUUUUGGGGUGGUAGAGGGUGGGUGGUUUAAAAAAAAAAUUGUAAGGCUAUGUUUCUGUUCAUUUGUUUACUAGUAAAAUGCAAAAAAAAAGUCCACUUGACAAAGACUUGAUAUAUUAACCUAAGCAUUAAUGUCUGUCUAUGGGAGUCUCCUGUUCCCUCCUUUUUUCCAUCCAUGGCCUAUUGUCUGUCUUUCGCCAAUCUGCGCGAGUGCGUGUGUGCGUGUGUGCGUGACUCCCUCCUCCACAUGUGGCGUUAGCAUCCGUGGUGCAGGGGUGUGUGGUGGGGCAGUGUAUGUGUCAAUGAUCACAUGCAACUAUUGCUCCUCAACCCCCUUACUCCCCUCUAAAAAGAUCCUGGUGCUCUCAGCAUCUGCCUUAAGAAGCAGGUGUGGAAUCUCUCAAAGAACAAGACUACAGUCAGACCAGUUGUUUAAGCUACAGGGGAAACUCCUGUUUGUGUGUAUACACAGCUCAUCACAUUUUGUCCCUGCAUACAAAAUGGCUAAUAAUGCCUUAAAACAGACACAAAUGUACUACCUAACUGAAGUAUAUGAUAUGUAUGAGUGUAUAUGAUACAUCGACAUGUAUCACAAAGGCCAUUCCUAUUCAUUGUGACGGUCUCAGGCGUGGUGCUUUCAUGCAUUACAUUACACAACACAUACACAAACACGCAGACACACCCCGUCAUAGCUUCAUGAGCAUCGUCGUCGCCUGCCGCCUUUCUCCUCAGAAAGGUCAAAUGUUAGUUUGUUGAACAAUAACUUUAAAGGAGGGCGUUUUGUGCACUUACUUUUUAAGAAUUGGAGAAUUUGGACACUGUCUUCUAAAGAAAUCACUUUAAAUGUGGGGAAAAACACCUUUGAAAAUGAAUUGUGGAGCAGCAAUUUAUAUUUGCCAUUGAUAUUAAAGGAAUAAAACCCUUGUUUACCUACCUA